CACUUCUCGUGAGAUUGGUGAAAGGCCAACGUGACGGGCCAGUAUCCAAUGAGAGAGAGAUACUUUUCGUGAGACAAAUAAUCAGUAAACAACAAAUAAUAUAAGUUUUUAUAGUUUAUAACAAAUAUGAUAGGAGUGCAUAUAUUAUUUAAAAUAGUUUAUAAAAGUUUCUGUAAAAAUUAAAGUAAAAAGUUUAACAAGAAGAAAGUAAAAAGAAGGAAAAGUAUCAUCUUAUCCUUAACGGAGACUAACAUUUAUAUUUGUAAGAAAGAAGAAAAAGAAGAAGAAACAAUAUGAUGGACGCUCGAAGACGCGAAAGAGAGUUAAUAGGAUUACGUGGGGUUCCUGAAGCUUGGAGCAAAUCUCCUACGCGAAUAGAAUACUCAGACGAAGAGGACGAAGAUCUAAAUAAACACAAUGGUAAUAUUUCACCAAAGGAUGGCAAGAGGAAGAAACAUGAUAUGAAAAAGAAGAAAAAUAAAAAAUUGAAGAAGGAAAAGAAGGAGAAGAAAGUAAGGAGAGAGAAGAAAGAGAAGAAGAGGAAGAAGAAGAAGAAGAAAGCAAAGAAAGACACAGAUAGUAGCUCUGAUGAUAGCAGUAGCAGUGGCGAUGAAGAAGUCUGGAUAGAGAAGACCGCUAUUACCAACAAGCCGAAACCCAGGAGAGGCUCGAGCUCGGAUGACAGCGGGGACGACGAUGUGGUUGGGCCUGCACCUAAGCCACACGUGACACUAUCCGCGAAAGACUUCGGCAAAGCAUUAUUGCCAGGUGAAGGUGCGGCAAUGGCGGCCUACGUGGCCGAGGGUAAGCGUAUACCCAGAAGAGGUGAAAUUGGCUUGACUUCAGAGGAGAUUGCCUCAUACGAAUCUGUCGGCUACGUCAUGAGCGGCAGCAGGCAUCGGCGCAUGGAAGCUGUUCGUAUCCGUAAGGAGAACCAGAUUUAUUCUGCUGACGAGAAACGUGCCCUGGCGAUGUUCAGCAAGGAGGAACGGCAAAAACGAGAGAAUCGUAUUUUGGGACAGUUCAGAGAAAUGGUUAAUCAGAAACUGGCACAGGAGCAGAAGAAUAAGUGAGGAUUUUGUUGCUUGUAUAAAUACGGAUUCCUGUUCUUUGUUGUAUAUAAGUGAAAAGUACAAUUUUGUAUUUAUUAUAAACAUUAUGUAAAUAUAAUUUAAUCAAAUUAGUUGUAAUAUACCUAUGUAGACUACUGAGAAUAAUGAAAUAAUUUUGCCAAUUGUAACCUUUAUUUGUAAUAAAGAGUUUAAGAAUCACUA